GUUUUGUUAAAAUUAGCAAAGAAAUGUGCAAUUUCUGUGUAUAAACUUUGCUGCUAAUUGUGAAAAAGCGAAUAGAGAAUAGCGACGAACUGUGGUCUUACAUGUGCGUGAUAUGUAAAGUGCAAAUGCCAAAUGCAGUCAAAAGCCACAGAAAUGCCAGUGGACAACGACAACCGAUUGGAGACGAUGCGCCUUCCUCCAAUUUCAGUUUAGCUGGACACUGAUUAGACGCCAAGCGCAUUGGAUGUUGUUAUUUUUUAUUCUGCAAACCCCAAAAACAAAUAGUUUGGUAAACACGCACACACACACCUAUACGCACAUGCACACAUAGAUAGAGAGAGAGAGAGAGCGAGAGAGGUGGUGUGCAGCUAAUCUAUUGUAAAUAAACCGCAUACUGCUGCUGCUGCUCUAUUGUGAACGAACACUGUUCUCGGUCACGUACGCCGUUUGUUGUUGCAUCUGUGUUGUUCUGAGUAAAGAAAAAAAAAACUAUUGCGAAUUUCUUGCGAAAUUUGUGUAUCGAUAUCACCUGACGAGCCUGCAAGCGUUUAAAGGAGAGCGACAGACCGAGCGAGAGAGACAGAGAGAAAGCCAAGGAACAACUUUUCUUCCAUAAGCAAUUAUAGAUAAGCGAAUGUGAAUAAAAAUGUCUGAUAUACCGCGCAUUAUGGUAUUCCGUCCCAGCUGGGAUGAGUUCAAGGACUUUCCCAAAUAUGUUGCCUAUAUGGAAUCGCAGGGUGCCCACAAGGCCGGACUGGCCAAAGUUGUACCGCCAGCCGAAUGGGUGCCACGUCGCAGUGGCUAUGCAGAUUUGGAUGCAUUAAAUGUGACAAUACCGGCACCAAUUUGUCAGGUGGUCACCGGCAAACAGGGCUGUUAUCAGCAAAUCAAUAUACAAAAGAAACCGUUGACGGUUAAACAAUUUAGCGAAUUGGCCAGCACCGAACGCUAUGCAACGCCCAAACAUUUCGAUUUUGAGGAUCUGGAGCGUAAAUACUGGAAAAAUAUCACCUAUGUGGCGCCAAUUUAUGGCGCCGAUGUCAGCGGCAGCAUCACCGACACCGAUCAGGAUAGCUGGAACAUUAAUCGACUGGGCAGCAUUUUGGAUUUUGUCAACAAGGACUAUAAUAUCCAGAUCGAUGGUGUUAAUACGGCAUAUUUGUAUUUUGGCAUGUGGAAAACGACAUUCGCCUGGCACACAGAGGACAUGGACUUGUAUUCAAUUAACUAUUUGCACUUUGGUGCGCCCAAAACGUGGUACGUUGUCCCGCCCGAAUAUGGCAGACGGCUGGAGAAGAUCGCCAAUCAGUAUUUUCCGGCCAGCUAUAAGAAUUGCAAUGCGUAUUUGCGUCAUAAAAUGACAUUAAUAUCGCCACAGAUACUUAAACAGCACAAUGUGCCCGUCAGCAAGAUCACACAGGAAUCGGGAGAGAUAAUGAUAACGUUCCCGUUUGGCUAUCAUGCUGGCUUCAAUCAUGGCUUCAACUGUGCCGAGUCCACAAAUUUUGCAAUGGAACGCUGGAUUGAGUACGGCAAGCGUGCCACGCAAUGUACCUGCAGCAAUGACAUGGUCAAAAUCUCAAUGGACACAUUCGUGAAGCGUUUCCAAAGCGAACGCUACGAGGCCUGGCUCGAGGGACGCGAUCUCGGCCGUCAUCCCGAGGAUGCGAGCAAUGCGGUGCCAACAGCGGCGCCUCUGCCCCCACAUCUCGAUGUGCUGCUGUGUGAUAAGAAAAUGAAGAAGCAAUGCAAUCCCACCAAGGCGAAGAGCUUCAAGGAGCGCAAUCCUGAUUUGGAUUUGGAUGAAAUCCAACAGAAUCCCAAUGUGCCCGACGAUGUCAAGGCCAUGCUAAAGGAGAGCGUCCUCACCCUGACUGAAGAGGAGGCCGAUUUUGUGCCCGAGGACACGAUGAGUCUGCAGAGUCCGGCGGAUUUUAAAACGAAGCAGGAGCUGCUCGAAUACAUGGACGAUGGCACUGAUGAUGAUGAGGAGGAGGAUUUUAAGCGGCGCAAACAUAAGCGCAAAUAUGAUGCUGACUACGAUGAUGAUUGGCUGGCGAGCCAGCGACGUACCAGCUCCAGGAACAGCAGUCGUGGUCGUAGUCGUAAUAAAGAUGAUCGCUCCAUAUCGCCAGCAUCCUCCACAUCCACUUCGUCGACAUCACGGGGAGCGCGAGGAGGCGGUUCGCGCAACAAAGCGAAUUCAACGCCCCGCAAAACGCCGGCGAGACGAAAAAAGGACACAUCAACAACUGAUUCGCCGACCGCAGCAGCAGCAGCAACAGUUGCUGCAACAGCAGCAGCAUCAGCAGCAGCAAUCGCUGAUAGCAGCAGCAGCAGUCACGUUGGCGCAGAUGCCAAACGCAGACUCACCGAACAACAACAGCAACAACAACAACAGCCCCAGCUGCAAUUUAUGCAACAAUCGCGCAAAUUUGAGGGAAAGAUACCAAAACUAAGUCAACAGCAAAGCGCAAGUGCAGCAGCAACUGCAGCAGCAGCAACAACAACAACAACAUCAUCAUCAUCAUCUAGUCAGCAGCAACAACAAAAAAUUGUCUGCAUCAACAUGUUGCCAGCGGCGAAUACACUAAAUGGCAUUCCACAGCAACAACAACAACAGCAACAACAAUAUACCAGCACCGAUGGCAAUGUCUAUCAGCUGCAAAACGAAAUACUCUGUGAUGCAAAUGGUCAGGCAACAACAACAGCAACGGCCACAUAUCAAACAACGGCCGCUGCUGUUGCCAGCAGCAACAGUAGUCCGCAACAGCAACACCAACAUCAGCAGCAGCAGCAGCAACAUGUUGCUGACAAUGUGGUCACAACUAUUAGUUCGUCCUCCAUCCUGCACACGAACGCCAACACAAAUGGAGCAACGGAUCAGCAGCAGCAACAACAACAACAACAGCAGCAGCAGCAACAACCCCAAUAUCAUUAUAUAACUACAACUGGAGAGGACGGCCAGACGCCGACAACAAUAGUCUUUGAGAAUUAUAAUGGUGGUAUGCCAGCGACGGCGGUUAGCGCCGCAGCAGCAACACCCAUCAGCAAUGAUAUUGCUGCUGCAACGGCUACAGCGACGGCAACAACAACAACGACAACAGCAUUGGUCAACACAGAUGGCACAAUCAUUGAGUUCGAUGGCAGCACCUACGAGGAAUAUCAUGUGCUCAAAAGUGAGAAUGGCAGCAGUGAUUGUCUCAGCAAUGGAAGCAGUGCUGUUGCCGCUGACAUCAUCAAGUAUGAGCCACAGCAUGUGGGCGAGGAUGAGGAGUUGCUCGAGGAGGAUGAGGAGGAGGAGAGUGGACUGCGGGUGAAAUACGAGGAGCAGAGUCUCGAGCAUGACGACCACGAUUUCGAGGAAUAUCAGGUGAUCAAAGCCGAGGUGGAGGCAGAGGCAGCCGAACAGGCAGCUGGCACAACCAGCUACACCAUAACCAGCCACGACGACCAACACCAACACCAACAGCAGCAGCAGCAACAACAACAGCAGCAGCAACAUCAACAGCAGCAGCAACAUAAUCAGGGCAUCAAUGAUGCAAUGCCAGGCAUGUUGUCAAAAGCGGCAGCAGCGAAACAGAAAAGGAAACGCAAAACGCGCGUCGUUGCCGAGGACGAGCAGGGUGAAUAUCUGGAGAAGAUGAGUGUGCGUGGAUUGGAUAUUGCACGCUACGAGCACAUCAUCGAUGGCAUUGCCUAUUGUCUCGUCUGUGCCAAGAACGAUAUUUUCAAGACGUUCAAGAACAAGUACAGCUUCCAGCGGCACGCGUAUCUCUUCCAUGAGGGUCAGAAUCGCAAGAUAUUCGCCUGCCCCAUUUGCAACAAGGAGUUCUCGCGACCCGACAAAAUGAAAAUGCACAAAAAGGAUAAGCAUGGCGAUGUGCCCAUGCCGCCCAGUUCGGCGUCGAGUACGCCACAAAAAGCGGAAACAACGGGCACAACAACACCGGCCGCCAAAAGGCCGCGAACUUCUCGAACACCCCGCGUGCGCAAACUGAAGGCGGGCGAUGCGGCGGCGACUCCAGCGAAAAAGCGACUAGCCCAAAUCGAUAGUGUGUUGGACGAGGUGCAAAAUGCCGAUGUGGAGCAACAGCAACAGCAGCAGCAGCAACAACAACAGCAACAGUUGCAGCAGCAGCAACCCGCAACUGCAACGCCGCAGCAUCAACAACAAUUGCAAACGUUGCCUUCGCUCGACUUUAGUGGCAUGAUAUUGCCAGGUGGUGCACAACUGGCCUUGGCCAAUCCUGGCGCCAGCAGUUCGAUGGCGCAGCUGCAACGCGGCGGCCAAGCGACAGCGGCACAACAACAAACAGCUCAGCCGACAACAACGACGCUCAUCUACUCGAAUCAGUUGGAGUUGCAACAGGCGCUGUUGCAGCAACAGUUGCACGGUCAGAGCAUCAUGAUACAGGAUCAGGCGGGCAAUUUGGUGCCACUGCAACUCGAUGGCACACAGACAAUAUACACAACAGCGCCAGCGCCGCAACGAACACAAACAACCAGCUAUCAGACGACAACAACACAGCAGCAACUGCAACAGCAACAACAGCAGCAGCAGCAGCAGCAACAACAGGUUGUCAGCAGUCAGGCACAAACGCAGCCGACACACUACGAGCUGGACAAUGUGACAUAUCUGAGUUCGACAGCAGCGGCAACACCCACACUGCCCAACGACCAACAACAGCAGCAACAGCAACAACAACAACAACAACAUGUCAUUGGCACCGUGCAAAGCUAUCAGAUACUGACACCCGAUGGCCUGCAGAGCUUCCAGCCGAAACUGGAGCCAACGGAAUUGGGGGAUCUGUGUCCGUAUACGAUGAGUGCGACGGCAACGCCACAAUAUACAUUCACAACGCAUGCGAGUGCGCAGCCAACGUUAAAUGCAAAUGCUUUGGAUGCCCAAACACAGCAGCAACAUCACCAGCAACACCAGCAACAACAACAGCAGCAACAGCAAUCGCAGCAAUUGCUGCAACAGCAUCAAUUUGGUCACAAUCCGCAUCAACAGUUUAUGGAGCUGAAGAACGAGCUGUUGAUUAAGAGUAGCGAUGCUUAUACGCUGGAUGCGGCCUCCAUGUAUCAUCUGCCCUUCUCGCCCACAUCGAUGAUAAAUGCGGUGAACGAUGUGAACACCUCAUCCCUGCUGGAGACCAAAGAAAUUAGCUACGAUAUAUCAGAGGCCGUGCUUCUAGCACUCUGAAAAAAGUCAACGACAGCAAAGAAAAAAAUUAAAUAAAUAUACAACUGCAGCCAAAGUACCAAAAAAAUAAAUAAAAGCAAGAAACUAUUGUUUAAAGACAAAAAUUAAGAUAAAAAAUGAUAUAAAAAAACGCGAGCAAAGCAACGCAAAUGGAAGCCAUUAACAAUGCAAAAGAGCGGCAUAAAAAACAAACAAACACUAAAUGCAUAUAUAAAAUAUGUUUUUUUUUUAUCAUAUUUAACGCUUAAAUGAACAUAAUACUCAUUAAAUUAACAAACCCAAACAUUUUACAACACUCAAACACUAACCCAUGAGGAUAAACACGCAUACACUCAAGUACGGUGUG